AUGAGUAAACCCUCGAAAGACAAACUUGUGGACCGGGGGGCACAGUUUACUUCGCACAUAAGUUUUGCUCCGAUGAGACCCCGGGCCAACACGUAUCCCCGGCUGUCAUUUACCGAUAAUUCGUUUGGCGAUCCCUUUGCUGUCGGUGACCACCACUUCAACUGUACCGAUGAUCACGAUAGCGAUAACGAUAACGAGUCGGACAACACCUUCUAUUCACCCAGAAAUAGGAAGAGCGAUGCGAUUGCCAAUUACAAGCUGUCUGUCCCUAAGCCGACCCCUCUUCUUAAACACAAGACCAACGAUUCAAUGGGCGACUCGCCUAUGACUCCAUUCAAAAGCCCCGAAACCCCGUCCCCUCUGGUCAGUCCCCUGUACUAUAACUAUAUGAGGAGCGGCUCAAUGACACCCAACCAACUCUUUGCGGGCAUGUCGUCACCGUUGGUGAGCCCGUACUCCGUAAUCCCGGUGCGAUCUAUUAUGAAUUACGGCAAUAUGUUGAGCCCUAUCUAUAGCAACAGUUUAAGCCCAAUGUUUGGCCAAAGCAAUGGUCUCCAAACCACUCAACACUUCACAGAAUUUGGCUCAAAUGAUCCGAUCGUACAGUCGGCCAAAUCGCACCGAAACGCCGCCACUCACGCGGACCCCCGACACACGUGGAGUGGAAGUGUACCCAACUCUGCGCCAAACAAGACCCCCGUCUACUCGUGCAAAGUAUUCUUGGGAGGCGUUCCCUGGGAGAUGACUGACCACGACAUAAAACUAACAUUUUCUCGCUUUGGAAACGUGAAUAUCUUGCGUCCGGGACAUCACGUGCGCCUCUCGAGGACGAGUCAGAACAAGGAUAAGGCGGGCUAUUUGUACCUCAUCUUCGAGUCGGACAAACAGGUGAAGUCGCUGUUGAGCGCCUGUAUCCACGACUUCAGUAAUGGCGGCAAAUACUACUUCGCGCUGAACCAAAGCCGUUACCGACCGAAAGACGUGCAGAUAAUCCCGUGGAAUGUAAACGACACGACUUUCGUGAAGAGUCCGUCGGCCAGAGUGGACGCCAAUAAGACGGUGUUUGUGGGCGCUCUGCACGGGAUGCUCACCGCCGAGGGAUUGGCUCUGAUUCUGGAGGACUUGUUCGGUGGUGUGGUAUAUGUUGGCAUUGAUACCGACAAACACAAGUAUCCCAUAGGCUCAGGACGCGUCACAUUUAGUACAACCAAGUCCUACACAAAGGCAGUUCAGGCGGCUUUCAUUGACGUAAAGUCUGCCCGCUUUCAGAAGAAGAUCCAAAUCGACCCCUUCCUCGAGGAUAGCAAUUGCAGUCACUGUCGCACAGAGAAGGGGCCCAUAUUCUGUCGCGACCUCUGUAUGACAUACCUGUGCAGGAAUUGUUGGGAUAUCACCCACUCUAAUGAGGCCAUGAGAAACCAUCAGCCGAUUAUGCGAACCAAAACACCAAUCAUGAGAAACCAAAUCAAUUUAAAUUAA